AUACCCCCAUUACCAUUCGGAAUAUCUCGUCAAAUAACGUGCUAACAGUGAAAAUUGAUGAAAUUGAAAUUUUAUGUUCCAGAAAAAAAUCCCCGAGGCGGUUUGAUAUUACUGGGAGAAAGAAAUAUACAGCAAACAUGAUUUUCAAAAGAUACACUAAAUGGUAAAUGCCACAUGGAAACAGUUGUAUAACUGUAACUUCGAGCCUCAUUUUAUUAAAGACUUGCUUGAAAGGAUGGUGACAUGUGAUAAUUGUGGGAAAGGCUUCAGUAAAAGAACAUACCUUAUACAACAUCUGAAAAUACACUCUGAUAGAAAGCCGUUCAGUUGUUCUGUGUGUUUCAAGAAGUUCCGGUACAAACAGACAUAUGAGGAACAUUUAGAACGACAUGCCAAAAAUAAAAAUGUACAAUGCGAUAUGUGUGGGAAAAGGUUUUACAACCAAAGAGAGCUUAAAGGUCACAGGAGCAAACAUGCAGCUAAAGGGGAAUAUUGGUGUGAAAUAUGCGACAUACACUUUGUGGAGGAAGGGUCCCUACAAGCACAUUAUCACAGAUUACAUGUGUCUUACAAUUGCUUGUUUUGUAGUGAGAAAUUCUCUAAUAAAAAGUGUCUGAGACAGCAUACAUACAGGAUACAUAAAGAGGAAACUAAAGUGAACAAAGAACUGGCAAAAACCAAGAAAAUGAAUUGUUCAAUUUGUGCAAGGACACUGUGUAAUAAAUGGCGGCUAGAGUCUCACCUGAUUAAAAAACAUAAUAUCCAUAAAACUACUAUCACAGAAAAAGGGUACAUACAUUUUAAGAGAAGAAAAUUCUUGAAACACAAUUCAGAUAUAGAUUGUGUAAGUGAAAAUGUAAAGAAAAGAGAAAACCACCUUGUUGAAACUGAAAAAUCUUCAAAUGAAGAAUGUUCUAUGAUAGAUUCUUCAGAGCUUUCAGUUGUUACAUCAGAUGAUACUGAUGAAAAAAGUGACCAUUCUUACAUAGAUAAUGAAGUAACUGUUACCAAUACUUUGGAUGAAAGGAAUGAAACAACUUCAACGAGUGGGCAUUUUAUUAAAAUGCAAAGGGAUGAUAUCUUUAGUGAUACUUGUGACGCGCGGAUGUAUUCUUUGGAGAAUAAACAAGACAAAAGUUAUUACAACAAAGAUGUUACAAGGCAAGACAGAAGUCCUUCUUCAGCAAAUAAAGUUACAAAUUCAGAUAAUAUCAGACAAAAUGUAAGUCCUCAGCAUGGUGUGAAUUUUAAGAACAGUUCAGAAUGCGAGUCAGAGAGACAAUGCAGGAUAGAUAUAAUAGAGGCGGACCAACUCAUAGAAUCAAAUACAAUGGAGUCUCUUGAGUUACUUCAACAUGAGUUUGAUGAUGUUGGGGCAGAGGAUGAUGUAGAAGAUAGUGUCCAGGAUGAUGUCAAUAUUGCCGGAUGUCACAUUCGUCCAAGUUCAGCUGCAUUACAAGAAUAUUUUAUGAGGUAUAGUCAGAAAGUUGAAAGCAGAGAUAAAAGGUCUUUUUAUGUGAUAAAUGAUAGAUGUGUGAAAAAUAACUGAUAAAGACAGAUUUGUGGGAACUUGAAUGCAACUCUUUCAAAUUUGAAGGGAAAAGGAACAAUAAGAUUUCAAAAUGAAGCAGUCUUUUUUUGAGAUUCUCUAGAACAAUGUUUUAUUUACAUGAAAGGAUUAGAAUAUGUAUUUAUGUGAUUGAUGUUCUAGUGAAAUGUAUUGUCUGCUGGUAUAAGUUUGAUGACCUGGAGGCAUAAAGCUGGCAGCCUUGUGGCAUAAAGUAAGUUUAAUUUUUAACAAGCUCAAAACAUAGUCAAACAGAUGAUCACACAUUAUCAAAUAUGAGUAUUUAUUUACACAUUUAGACAAGACAGACAUUAAUGUUAAAAUCUUACACGAGUACUAUAUAUAGUAAUAUCCAUGUAUGCAUGUAUAAGUAAUUCCUACAUAAGUUUCUUUAAGCAUGCACAUGUACUAUGGAUAAUUCUUUCCCUACUUCCUGCUGUGGAUUCUCUUGGACUUAAUCUAUUGUAAGGACUCUUCUUCUGUCUGUUGUAAUUUUUCUCUGCAGACUUGGACAAAUGAUUAAUGGGUCAGACAUUAAAGGAUUGCUGGCCAUGUGGAUUAAAAUUUGUGGGUUCAAACCCUGUCUUAAAGGGCAAACCAUUGUUUCAGUGAACAAGAAAUAUGACACGUACUGCUAAGUACUGGUUGGUUCCAGGAACAGAUCCGAGAUUGUUUCAAAAAGUUCUUAACUUCGAUCACAAUCGAACUAAAAUAGUUAGAUAUAUUCUUGAAAUUUAUUUUCUAAAUGUUAAUACUAUUGUCACUGAGCAUAUUUCAUUUAUCUGACUACAAUUAUAAUUGGUCUAAAAGAUCUGCUGUUAAUAGUAGACAUGGUUUCCUGACAUGUAUCCAUUAUGAUUCUGACAGACCUGUUAACGUUGACAAGGAAUAUGAUUAUGAGACAUUAAAACACAUGGUCAGACUCAAACGAUUGUACUAUUGCAAGUGUUGUUUUUAGGCUUUGCGCACUGCAUAUGGUGUUAUGUCUAUGACUGUACGCCUAACAGAUGGUGUUGUACCUAUGAACACUGUAGAUGAUGAAGUGGCUAUGGUUUGUAGUACUGAAGAUGGUAUUGUCGCUUCAGCUGUGGUAGUUUUGUCACUUCAGUUUGUACUCUGCCUGUGACUGAUUCUGAUACUCGGUCAUUGAACUGGUUCAUUAAGGGCAUGAAUCACUUUGAUGUUUAUAUUGAGGAGCUUUCCUGGCACUGCCUAGUACUCAUUGUUUCUGGUGUUCUAUUUUUGCUGAAGCUGAUACAAAUGAGGACUUUUUAUUAACUUGGCCCUACCUCAAGUGUUUUCUUGACAUUUUUAUCUGUCUAUACUCUGCCUUUUCAGAGAUUGUUUUCCCCACCUUAAUUCAAAGGAGACAUUUUAAUCAUUAUCAUUGCUGCAUUAAGACUUUUGAUGUCCAGCAUCUCCUUCUUUGCCUUUGCUCAUUUUUGUAAAGCUCCUCUUUUUUUCUUUUGUAUAUUAAGUAUGUUAAAGUUAUGUCUACCACCAAUCAAUUAUUAAUUUUUUUCUUACAUUAAAGAUCCUUAUGUUAUAAUAACGCUUGAUUUUAUCAAUGAUUGAGAUGGCCCAUUAAGGGCAUGAAUCACUUUGAUGUUUAUAUUGAGGAGCUUUCCUGGCACUGCCUAGUACUCAUUGUUUUUGGUGUUCUUUUUUGACUGAAGCUGAUACAAAUGAGGACCCUACUUUUAACUUGGCCCUACCUCAAGUUGGAGGUUUUCUUGACAUUUUUAUCUGUCUGUACCUUCGCCUUUUCAGAGAUUGUUUUCCCCACCUUAAUUCAAAGGAGACAUUUUAAUCAUUAUCUUUGCUGCAUUAAGACUUUUGAUGUCCAGCAUCUCCUUCUUUGCCUUUGCUCAAAUUUGUAAAGCUCCUCUUUUUUUCUUUUUUAUAUUAAGUAUGUUAAAGUUAUAUCUACCACCAAUCAAUUAUUUUUUUUACAUUGAAGAUCCUUAUGUUAUAAUAACGCUUGAUUUUAUCAAUGAUUGAGCUGGUCCAUUAAGGGCAUGAAUCAUUGUGAUGUUUAUAUGGAGGAGCUUUCCUGGCACUGACUAGUACUCAUUGGUUCUGAUGUUCUUCGCUAUGAAAGCUUUUAAAAAAGCAGUUACAGGACCAGAAAUAUGAGCCGCAACUUGCGGUCCCAUUCUUGAGUUCCUGUGCAUUCAAAUAUUAAAACAAAGGAAAGGUAUAUUUUAACUGUUACCUCAAAUAUUUUCACAACUCUAAACCAACCUACAUAAUUUUCUUCGUCAAUCCUUUCAAUUGUUAAAAUGAUAUUUGGAUAGAAUAUGAUGGCAAACUUCUACGUAUGGCAAUAGAAAGACCACUAUUUCUCCCACUUUUUUCUUCAAUAUUAUAUUAAGAUAUAAUACUUCUUUUUUAUAAAAAAAUCCCUAAAUCUAUCUGUAAAGACGACUAAAUAUGAAUUUCGAACAUAUUCUAAAAGAGAACACCCCCACUUGCCCCUCACCGCUGUGGGUUCGAAUCCCGACAGGGACUUUGGAUUCUUUCAUGUGAGGUAGCUAUCCAGUUAGCUUACGGAACGUCGGUGGUUCUACUCAGGUGCCCGUUCGUGCCUGAAAUAAUGCACAGAAGGGCAACUGAGGUCUUCCUCCACCAGUAAAGCUGGAACGUCACGAUAUGACCUAUACUGUGUCGAUGUGACAUAAAACCAAAAAAAAAAAGAAUAAAAAAGAGAACACCAAGUAUGCCCUUUUGUCCGUUCCCCCCCCC